AUGUUGAGAGAUUUGUCCAUGGACGGAGAAGCUGUUUACCCGCUUACACCGAACAUUGAAUUGUUUUGUGCUGCCAAGGCUAUUUUGGUUGACUCGGGUGUACAUGUGGCUGAUGAUGAUGCACCUCUCGUGGCAUGGACGGGUCGUAUGAGGGUGAAUUUCUUGCAUCAGAAGAUGCUCAGCGAGAUAUCAGGGACACUCCAGAAAGUCAUCUACGAUGAUCUCGAAAAGAUUGGAACAACUGUUUUGGGCGAGGAUUCAAACGCCACUGGUAAAUCGAAAGCUGCGUUUUUACUCGAACGAGCAACGAUACAUACGCAUCACGGAUUAGAUGCGAAGGCCCGAGCUGAUCUCGACAAAGCAGCUGAGGCAUCUGGGUUUGAAUAUGCUCUUACGGGAAAGUUGGGAAAGAGGACGAAGUUUCAGGAUAGGGAUAUCACUCAGCUUGUUGUCCUGGCUGUGAGCUCAGAGACAGAGUCGACAUCAGACGUGAUAGAAACAAAGAAGGAAUCGGAGACUUCGGCACCUAAAGCUCUGGAUCUGAAUGACGAUACUUUGCUUGAGACAAUUGCUUUCGCAAAGGAAGGGGCGCAACCUGAAAAAUCUACUACCAUCCAGGACGAAUCUUCCCUACCCCCUGCACUGGCGUCAAUUGACCCAUCAAAUCAGCCGAAACUCAACCCUCUCGACUCCGCCAUACUUUUGGCUAUUGCUUCUGCUAUCACGAACAACUCUCCUGAGCAUGGAUUGACCCGUGAGGAGACGCUACCAUAUGCAACACGUGUUAUUGAAAGUGGCAGCAACAAUUGGCAAGUAUAUACACAGGCCCUCCUUGUCCGCAGUCGAUGCGAGGCUUUUAAUUCACGUACCGUCGAAAGAGGUGUUCUACAAAUGCAGGCGCUCGUUGAUCAGGUCAUUGCUGAUACCGCCACGAGCAACACGGCAGUAGUCACCACCGAGACAGUUACCAACGAACAACAAGAACAACCAACGACAUUCUUGCCUCGACCACAAGAAUCAGAGUCAGCCCCGGCGGAGGAGCGACUAGAGUAUUUGUGGGUACUGGACUUCCAGACAAGAUGGAAUCUUGAAGCAGAGCUUGCGCAGAAGUGGGUUAGUCUAGGUGGUCUUAGGACAGCUCUAGAUAUUUAUGAGAGACUUGAAAUGUGGGCUGAGGUUGCGCUAUGCUAUGCAGCAACUGAGAGGGAAGAGAAAGCCAAGGCGAUUGUCCGUCGUCAAUUGUACGAGCCUACAAAUCCGGGUGCGGUUGACGAUGACAAUGAACGGUACGAGGGGCCUGAAUUGUCUCAAUUACCGACAGAUGCACCACGUUUAUUCUGCAUUCUGGGAGAUAUUGAUUCCGAGCCGGCCAUGUAUGAGCGAGCAUGGGAGGUUUCUGGUCAACGAUAUGCACGAGCACAACGCUCGCUCGCUAGGUUAUAUCUUCAAGCCAAACCACCUGCUUAUGAAAAGGCAGAGGAGGCAUACAAGAAGAGUUUGAAAAUAAAUCCACUCAACCAUGGCGCAUGGUUCGCGCUUGGCUGUGUACAACUGAAUCGUGAGCAAUGGCAUGCAGCCAUCGAAUCGUUUACUCGCACAGUCCAGCUCGAACAAGAUGAUGCUGAGGCAUGGAGUAACCUUGCCGCAGCGCUUCUUAACGUCUCGUCAGACGACAACAAACCCUCGGUCGAAGAAAAGGCAAAGCCUGCAGCUUCAGAAACCAAGGAUACAGAAGACGCCGAUGGUGAAAAAGUUGCAGAACAAGAAAAAGAAGAUCCCUACAAACACAAACGCGACGCCCUCACGGCACUCCAUCAUGCCGCUCGACUCAAACAAACCGACCACCGUAUUUGGGACAACAUCAUCACAGUUGCAGCUUCACUACCUCCUCAAAUGAUACCUUACAAGGACAUUGUCUUUGCACAACGAAAAGUAAUUGAACUCCGCUCACCAAAGAGAGGCGAAAAGGCCAUCGAUUUGACUAUCCUGGACAUGUUGGUCGAACAUCUCGUCAAUGACUACAAGUAUGAUGAUCUCCUCAUCACCGUUGACGGCACGAAUCAGAAAAUUCUACGUACCGGCACAGUACCCGGUCAGAUUCUGACUCUUGUCGAUGACGUUGUAGUGCCAUUAAUCACUCACUCGGCUCCUCUUUGGCUUCUUGUCGCGAAGAUAGAGCUAUGGCGUCAUCGACCUAGCAAAGCAUUCGCAGCGCAUGAGAAGGCGUGGCGUGCUACAGUUUCUUCGUGUACGCAGGGCGCGUUUCAAAUGGGCGAUGAGAAGAGAUGGAACCAGAUUGUUAAAGCCACUGAGCGUCUUGUGAGAGAUGGGUAUGCGAAGAUAGGCGGUAUGACAAAGGAGCGAGAAGAUGGAAGUAUCCCGGAAGGCGAAGGCGAAGAAGAAUUGGUUGCGAAAGAUUGGAGAUUUAAGAGUAGGAGUGCCAUAAGGGGAAUGCUGGGUAAGGGAAAGGAUUGGGAGGGUACUGAAGGGUAUAAGCAGCUCAAAGAAUUGCUAUCAGAGGUUGAUGGUUGA